AUGUCUGUGGCACUCAAGAGCCAACUAUGGAGUUGCUCAUCCUUGCAAGAAGCUUUGGAUGUGUUGAAGCUCACAGAGACGAUGCCAGAUGACCCGGAACAACUUCGUACACUUAUUGAGGAACUUCGAGCCCUUUCAGAGAAGGCAAAGACAGAGGAUCUUGCCCUUUCAGAGGCUGAAACCGUGCCUUAUGUGUUUAGCAGCACGGGAGAUUUUCACGUGAAAGAAGAAGACCACUCGAGCGCUGUUGAUGGCCUUGGCAUGGAUGCUGAUGCCCAAGACGAUGCAAACCUAGCAUUGCAAUUGCAGCAGAACCUUUUGUUAGAUUUACAGAACAGCGAUGUGAAUGUAGCAAGCAGCGUCUAUGAAGAUCCGUACUUAGUCACUGCCAGCCCUCCCAGAUCUCCGGUUUGCAGAAAGCCUGUUUCCUCCCCACUGGGCGACGCUGGCAAACCUGGCGAUGGCAAGGGGACCAGUUCAUCAACGACUGUGACUCCGACUUCAUCGCUUGCUUCUGACAGGAGCUCAGGUGCAGGGAAGCGAGAUGCCAAACGAUCUCUCAUAGAAGCCUUGGGGCUCGUUGAUGAGGCCGACCUAGAGCGUUGGCAGGGAAAGUUCCGUCGUGUGUGUGAGCCGAAGCGGUCCUCUGGCAAAUUGGAUGUGCCUGAAGACAUAUUCGAGCAGUAUGCUGCCCGGGGGGCCAGUAGGGACCGCCUGUUUGAGAUAUUUGUCCAGUCUGGAGGUGAUACUGAUGCGUUUGUCAAGGAAGUCCGGGUUGUACGGUCCCAAGAGCAAAUCAAUGAGCUGAACACCCACGGUGGUUUCUAUACAGAAGAUGAGAUGAAAGACAUCCUCAAGUGGAAACCGGGACGGAUUCGAGCGGCUGUGGAGCGAGGACAAAGGGAUCCUGAAUACAUGAUGCAGCUAGGCUCGAUGAGCUGGAUGAACUCUGUGGUACUCUACUGGUGCAAUGUGAGAACUGAAGGUUCAUUGAAGAACCGGCAGAGUCAGGGCUUGUAUGAGUCCACAACUGCUCAGGGAACGACCAACCGCUUCAAAGCCAAUCUUCUUGGCAACAAGUUGGAUUUGCCAUCCUUGGGGCACCACGGGCCAGCCAAGAAGGAGGAGAAAGCUGUCAAGGCACACGAGCUGGAAGUUCACAUGGACGAACUCAUCAACGUUUUGGGCAAGAUUAGCCCGUUUCUGGAGAAACUGGACGGAAGCACUUUGGCGGGAGCAAAAGAGGCGGCCAAGAGCGUGGUGGAGUUGCAGAAAAAGGUUUCCAAAUUGUACGACGACAUGACUGAGCUCACGGCCGACCUCAGAGUGGGGGAAAUCAGCGUUGAUGAGCCGAAGCAUGCUGCAACUUUGAAGACCUUGUACAGCACCAGCAAGCGCCUGCUUUCAACAUGGACAGCCACAGAGAAAAAGUACAGGCCGUUGCUGCGCAAGCCUUGGAAGUCCGAGAAGGAAGACUAA